UCCCUAUAUAUGCGCCCGGACUGUUAAUGUCAAGUGUGGCUGUAGAUACCAGCCUGAAUGUGUGAGCCUCCCGUUCACUCUCCAGCUGUGAUCCACUACGUUUAAAGACGGAAGUGAGCACUCCUGUUCCCGACCAGGUCCGUGAAAGCUGCGCAUGCAUGUCAGUUUUUGAAUGUUUAUUUACGUGUGUUAUUUAUGCCUACGAGUUCUUCCCGAAGAUAGUUCAGAGCCUUCAUUUGCCUCUGAGUCUAUCCCGCUGCGGUAUGGCAGCGGCGGCAGAAGCGGCGGAGGACCGGAGCGGCGGAGCGCUAACAGGUGACAGGGAACCUGAGGAGGCCGAGGAGUUCAUCUGCUCGGCCUACUGCUCGGAGCUCUCCCGGCGGCAGAACGAGCAGAGGAAGUCGGGGCUGUUCUGCGACGUGACGCUGGUGUUCAGCUCCGGCAGGGUGUCGGAGCAGAAGAGGGUCCAGACCUUAUCCGCCCACCGCUCGGUGCUGUCCGCCGCGUCGCAGUACUUCACGCUGCUGCUGGGCGGACAGUACUCAGAGUCCGUGUCGGGACGAGUGGAGCUCAGAGAGUGGAGCUCACCUGCGGGGCCAGACCCGGACACCGUGGAGGGUGUCAUACAGUUCAUGUACACAGGACAGAUCAGAGUCACCACUGCUAAUGUGCAUGAGGUGUUGGAACUUGCUGACAGGUUCCUGUUGGUGCAGCUGAAGAGCUUCUGCGGAGAGUUUCUGAUGAAGAAGCUGAACCUUUCCAACUGUGUAGCAGUGCACAGCCUCGCCCACAUGUACACCCUGGACCAGCUGGCCCAGGGAGCCGCCAAGAUGAUUAGGAGAAACUUCCACAAAAUUAUCUGCCAUGAGGAGUUCUUGACACUGCCUUUUCAUUUGGUGCGGGACUGGCUGUCAGACUCAGGAAUCACUGUGGAUUCUGAACAGGAGUUGUUCGAGGCCAUAGUGAAAUGGGUGAACCAAAACACAGAGGAGAGAGAGACGCAUUUUGAGGCGCUGUUCAGACUUAUAAGGCUGCCUCAGAUUGCUCCAACCUACCUGACACGGGUGGUGAGGAAGGAGCCCUUAGUGGCAGACAGUGCAACUUGUCAGCAGCUGGUGUCUGACGCCCUUGAGGUCCACGCCGUGCACUUUGAGAACCUCAAAUCAUUUGAUUUAGAGCUCUCUGCCUCCAACAUGGCGGCAACCCAGCCUCGUCUUGGCCAGAACAUGGAUGUUAUCAUGGUGGUGGGUGGUGUUUCAGAAGGUGGAGACUAUUUAAGUGAGUGUGUGGGCUACUUUGUUGCAGAGGACCGUUGGGUGAACCUGCCACACAUUCACAACCACCUUGACGGACACGCCAUCGCAGUCACUGACAGCCAUAUUUACGUGGCAGGCUCAAUGGAGCCAGGCUUCGCCAAGACGGUGGAGCGCUUCAACCCCAACCUUAACACCUGGGAGCAGGUCAGCAGCCUGACCACCCGCAAGCACUCCUUUGGCCUCACGUGUGUCAAAGACUUGCUCUACAGCAUCGGUGGUCAUGGCAACUUCAGUCCAGGCUUUAAAGAUGUCACUGUGUACGAAGCUGAGCAGGACGAGUGGCACAAUCUCGAGCCGGCGCCGAAGAUAUUACGAGAUGUGAAAACAAUAAGCGUGGAGAACCGCUACAUAUACGUGAUGGCCAGGACUCCUGUAGACAUGGACAAUGACGAUGGACUGAGCACUGUGACCUCCUGCUACGACACAGAGAGUCACAAGUGGCAGGAAGUGGACUCCUUACCACUCAUUGAUAAUUACUGCAGUUUUCAAAUGGCUGUCGCACACACCAACUUCUACCACACAGCCUCCUGUUGCGCUAAGAGCUACAAGAUAACAGCCGAGGCAGCUCAGCAGAAAAUAAGCAGAAACAUCUCUGACGAAAUCCUCGACAGCCUCCCCCCAGAGGUCCUCAGCAUGGAGGGCGCUGCUGUCUGCUACCUGGGUGAAGACAUAUUCAUCAUUGGCGGGUGGAGGAACUGCAACAACAUGGACAAGCAGUACCGCAAGGAGGCCUACCGUUACUGCGCUGAGAGGAAGCGCUGGAUGCUGCUGCCGCCUAUACCCCAGCCACGCUGCCGAGCUGCAGCCUGCCACGUUCGCAUCCCGUACCAUUACCUUCACGGCUGCCAGCACUACCCCAUGCCCCAGAAUCUGGCUCGCCAGCGAGACCGCAUGCAGCAGAUGCAGCAGCUCCAUCGCCGCACGCUCACUCUGCGCAGACAGCUGCAGUCUCAGAUCGAAUGCUGAGAGCCUUGAAUGCUGAGAGCCUCGAAUUGUCUGCACUUAAAGCCGGAGUGUGGAACUUUUGUCUCUCCUCUCAGGGAGUGAGAGAAGUUACACAAACACUGCCAUCAUGUGUUUAUGACCUAUGCCUGCAGUUGAGCUCGCCACAUCUCCCCCGCCCCCAGGAGCACCCUCCUCAAGUCUUUCUUGCCUUCUUUAAUCCUUCCUUUGAACUCUUUUUUUCCUGGAGCAUCCACACCAGACACUUUUCUUCAGAUCUGGCACCACAGCUUCUGCCAUACCUCUAACUGCUGCUCUUUUGCUAUGGUCUCUCUCUCUUCACUUCCUGUCCCCUUUAGUUUUGUCUGGUUGACAUAAAACAGUGUCGUACAGUUGCAGCAGACACCAGACAACACAACUCCGGUAUGCUGCAAAAUUCAGAGGGCUGCAUGACAUGCCAUUAAAAAAAAUUGCGAUAUGAGUUGCAGUUUCAGUGGGUAAACAGUAAUAUAUGCAAUUAAUUUUCACUGGAAAAAAAAUACGAUGAUGAUGUGAUUUUUUUUUUCUGGGGUCUGUACCAAACAAGCAUGUUCCCUUAUGUCUGGAAUAUGAUUUAUGGGCCGGGUCAUCUCUCAUUGUAAUGGUAUGUUAAGACACCUUUUACCUUUGUUGAAAAAUUGCAGCUCCUGCGAUUCAGAUAUUGUUCUUGGCCAUAUUGAAAUUUCAAUAGUAUUUGUUAGUUUAGUUGUGCAGCCUCACAGAGAGCUUUCCCUGUCCACGAUAGGCUUAAUCAGCACUGUGUGAACUCGUUUGGCAAAGGUGUAAAUAUUAUGGACGUUUGUUUGUACGUAAAAGUCCUUCAUUUCAGGGUUAAUCUGCUGAUAAAUGGGUUGUUUCUACCGCAAGACAUGUAUCUUAUUUUAUUGCCUUGUCUGCAUGGGUUUACCUGGAGCUGGUUUGCACGAAACCAGUUUGAACUACUGGUGUUUGCUGCUCUGUGCACCAACUAGGUCCAGUGGGAGUUAGCUAGUGGCUCUGCUUAUUUCAAUCAGGAGAGACUUGUCUUUCAUGGAAAAAAUGUGGAAAGUCUUUGGUGAUUAGACCUCAUCAAGAUGGUAUAUAUUAAAGGAGAGUGAUGAAUCCGUAGUCGAAUAGGGAACCCCCCCCGGGGUCUAGACGCUGGUGGUGGUAGAGGUGGUGAAGACGAGAUGAGAGGAAGAUGGAGAAGUGCUGACGAUCUGGAUGAGUAGAGGGAUGAGUUUGUUGAGCUCGUCCUGGACUCUGGAUACGAUGGCUGGAGGUGAACAGGGUGAAAGAGGGUGCGACAGUUCUGCCUAAAAUGACCGCUGACAGCAACACCUGAACGGCUGAUAGAGAUCGUGGUGAAGUUUGAUUGGAUAACUUAAAGAGCGAACACCCAUAGUCAGCUGAUUAGAGGAAGCAGUGGGAGUGGGAUGGAGACAAUUGUGAAGAAAGUCUUCCUGAUUGAACCUCAGCCUUUAAUGGGUAUUGGGCUGUCGCAAGCAAAAUUAACUGUUACUGACAUCCCUAUCAGUCAGACAUGCAACCAGAUGAUCAGUCUUACAUUAUACUUUCGGCCUUACAUGAUUAGCUUAUGCCUUACCUUUAUUUUGCUAGUAAAUGAAACUGUGAUUCGAUGGUUAAUCUCACUGCUGAGCAACUUAACUUUUUAUAUGUGGUCUAUGUUAAAACCUAAAGAUGUCAACAUGUGUUGUGGUUUGAUUAUAAGAUAGAAUAUAACUAAGACAGUUAUCAGUGACAACAUGUAAAUGUAAAUGAUGUCUACGUUUAUUGUGAUGUGAGUUAGUGGGAAAUUAAGUGUGUUGAUGACAAACUUGCUGCAACAACCGGCUGAGCUUUAACUUUUUACUCCUCUUGCUGCUUGCAUCUAAUUUCUCUUCUACCUCCAGUUUCCCAUCAUGCUCUUUUGCACUUGUAAGGAUUGAAAUAUCUUAAUGUUGAUUGUGUGUAGUGUAUAUGUCGUGUGUGUGCCCCACUUGAAACAGACAAUCAUAUAUCAUAGUAUUUGUAGCAAGAGUUAAAUGUUGAGCAAAGCACAUAUUGGGGGAGAGGGUGUUGAUUACAUGUUUCCCCUCAUUAAAACAGUUUCUCACAGAGUGCACAACACCCUUUUUCAUUCCUGUGGAUGUGUUUAAAUUUGUGUGAUUUAUUAUGUCUUAAAUAUUUCAGCUGGUCAAAACUUGCUUUAUAUAAUUUCCCAUGUUGUUGCGUAGCUUAAGAGAUAGGCCACCAUGAUAAUGAUGAGACGUACAUUUUGGCAAAAGAAGCUUUAUUCUCUUCGGCAUUGUGGUGUUAUUUUGUUUGUUGGCUUAUUCUGCCUGUGUGCAUCUUGCAGACUUUACUCUGCCUCUAACUUCCUCUCACAGCACUAUGAGAUGUGUGAAACACAUUAAACCAGGAGGGUGAUAUGCUUCUGCGCAUGGUUCUCUCCAUGUUCUAAACUGUGCCAUGAUAUUCCAGCUGUCUCUUAUUAAUACAGUUGAAAUAAUUGUAUUUCCUGCACUAAAGGACCUUGAAUGUUAACUUAAACAUUGUACAGUGUUGCGUAUUUUAAAGAGCACAGUGUUGUGUGGACCAGUCGCUGAGCUCAGUAUCUCUCCAUUACUGUUUAAAUUGCUAGUGCCUGUGUUAACUACAGCCAAGCUCUCCACCAGUUUUCCACCAACAUACUGCACACAAUGUGAAUAGUAUUAAUUAUUGAAUGGGACUAAUAUGAUCAGAUACAUGUGGAGUUUUUGAAUUUUAAAGACUUGGUUUUAAGACACUUUUCUCAUGUAUAGUGCACACGACCACAGGAGCAGAGCAGACAGCAACAUAGAUUUUAAAUCAUUGACAGUAGUGUAUGAGGGUUUCAGAUUUGAUUUGCCUGACAUAUAUUCAGAUUUCCUGCAGCCUUGUACUGUGUUAGGUAUGAUGUCAUUCCAUUUGUAUGUGCAACAGCAAGAAAGUGUACAGACAUUUGAAAUAAAUAAUGUGUAAUGAUA